GCCAGACAGCUUAGCCAAUCACAAGCAGCCCUGGUCUCUUACUAAAAGUUGAGUGUGUCAGGAAGCACACAGGCGACAGACUGCAGAGCUUCAGGGAUGAUGCCACUCUACCUUUUACUCCUUCUUCUCACUGAACUCUCUCGGGUUGAAGCAGUCCAGAAGACCUCAGGUCUGACUCAGGACAGUGGGCUCAUCACAGCGAGAGCUGGACAGAACGUAACUUUGAAAUGCAGUUGUACAAAUGAUGAUGCAAAUUAUCUCUAUUGGUACCAGCAAAGCAUGGGAGGUAAACCUGUCCUCGUAUCAACUCGGAUGACGCACAACCCAGGAGCUACUAUGUCUCUCGCAUAUCAAGAAAGGUUUACAGUCGAAGCACAGGAAGGCGCCAACUAUCUCGUAAUCCAAGACCUUCGCCCCUCUGAUUCAGCGUCAUAUUACUGUGGUUUUUUAGGAUUCAACACAAUUGAGUUUGGAGAAGGAGUCUUUCUUCACAUCAAAUCAUUAUUGUCUAACAUCAACGCUGUUGUCCAUCAGCCAGCGCUGGAGCCACUCCGGGCGGGGGACUCUGUGAAUUUGAGCUGUACAGUUUACACUCAGCCAUGUGCCGGGGAGCAGAGCUUCUACUGGUUCAGACAUGGUGCUGCUCAGCCUGCAGUCAUGUACCACAGUGAGGGACAGUGUGAGGCUGACUCAGAGUCUCACAGAGAAAACUGUACUUUGAACCUCGCUGUAAAGUCAGUGAGCUCUGCUGAUGCUGGGAUGUACUACUGCGCUCUGGCUUCAUGUGGGGAGAUUGUGUUCGGGAAUGGAACAAGAGUGCAGAUUGAAGGAGGCUCUGCUAGUCCCCGUCUCCUGGUCUAUUUCCUGAGCAUGGCAUUGGCAGUUUCCAUUAUUGUGCUACUCGUCUUGGCUUUCAUCCUUUACAAGUCUAAAGAAGAAUCC